AGAAGACUACAACUCCCAGAGGGCAAUUCGAAAGGAAAAAGACCAAUUUCCCAGUCCAGAAACAGCGGGGGGUUGGGACGAGAGAGAAGGGGAAGCUGAAAGCUCGCGAGUUGCGAGAGCGAGGUUGUCCCUGGUGGGGGUGAGGAGGAGGAAGAGGAGGAGGUGAUGUCCCACAAUACCAGGCGGGAGGGCGGGUAGGCGGCUUGUAUCCGGGCUGGGAGGCUGGGAAGCUCAGAGACUCAGAGACUCAGAGAUUCGGAGGCUUGGACUCCCUCACGUCGCUGCUGUUUCACCGCUGCCGCUGCCACCGCUUGCUGUCUCUUGAACUCGAGGGGAAGCGAUGCGGAAGGGAGGAAAAUGGCAGAGCUGCAGAUGCUCCUAGAGGAAGAGAUCCCGUCCGGCAAGAGGGCGCUGAUCGAGAGUUACCAGAACCUGACCCGGGUGGCGGACUACUGUGAGAACAACUACAUACAGGCUCCAGAUAAAAGGAAAGCACUAGAAGAGACCAAAGCCUACACCACCCAAUCCUUAGCUAGUGUUGCUUAUCAGAUAAAUGCAUUGGCCAACAAUGUGCUCCAACUACUGGACAUCCAAGCUUCUCAGCUUAGGAGAAUGGAGUCUUCCAUCAACCAUAUCUCCCAGACUGUGGACAUUCAUAAAGAAAAAGUGGCUCGGAGAGAAAUAGGUAUUUUGACAACAAAUAAGAAUACAUCCAGAACUCACAAAAUAAUAGCACCUGCAAAUAUGGAACGUCCUGUAAGGUACAUUCGAAAACCUAUAGACUAUACAGUACUGGAUGAUGUGGGCCAUGGUGUCAAGUGGCUAAAAGCCAAGCAUGGAAAUAACCAGCCUGCAAGAACUGGCACAUUGUCGAGAACAAAUCCACCUACACAGAAACCGCCAAGCCCUCCUAUGUCAGGCCGGGGAACAUUGGGGCGGAAUACUCCUUAUAAAACCCUGGAACCUGUUAAACCCCCGACGGUUCCCAAUGAUUAUAUGACAAGUCCAGCCAGGCUUGGAAGUCAGCAUAGUCCAGGAAGGACGGCAUCUUUAAAUCAGAGACCAAGAACACACAGUGGUAGCAGUGGAGGAAGUGGAAGUCGAGAAAAUAGUGGAAGCAGCAGUAUUGGCAUUCCCAUUGCCGUGCCUACACCUUCACCACCAACUGUUGGCCCAGCACAAAUUUCUGUCCCUCCUCCCUCUGGAGCUCCUCCUGCACCACCACUUCCUCCACCUCUCCUGAUGGGCAGUAUGAUAGUGGCCCCGAGUUCAGCUCCUGGUUCCCAGUAUGGCACAAUGACCAGGCAGAUUUCACGACACAACUCUACUACUUCUUCGGCAUCUUCGGGUGGAUACAGACGAACUCCCUCUGUGACUGCUCAAUUUUCUGCUCAACCUCAUGUUAAUGGCGGUCCGCUUUAUUCUCAAAAUUCAAUUUCUAUUGCUCCACCCCCUCCCCCUAUGCCUCAGUUGACUCCACAGAUACCUCUCACAGGCUUCGUGGCCAGGGUGCAGGAAAACAUUGCUGAUAGCCCUACACCACCACCACCUCCUCCCCCAGAUGACAUUCCUAUGUUUGAUGAUUCCCCACCUCCUCCUCCACCACCCCCAGUUGAUUAUGAAGAUGAGGAGGCCGCAGUUGUUCAGUACAGUGAUCCAUAUGCAGAUGGAGAUCCCACCUGGGCCCCUAAGAGCUAUAUUGAGAAAGUUGUUGCUAUAUAUGAUUAUACAAAAGACAAAGAUGAUGAGCUGUCUUUUAUGGAGGGUGCAAUCAUUUAUGUUAUAAAGAAGAAUGAUGACGGAUGGUAUGAAGGAGUCUGCAAUCGAGUGACUGGCUUGUUCCCUGGAAAUUACGUUGAAUCAAUCAUGCACUAUACUGAUUAAAAUGCUUUUGUUUCUGAAGUGGGAUCUUGUAGUCAAUCAUACUGUGGGACAAUUGUAAUGGUGAACAGAUUUGUCUUGUUACUGUUUUAACAUGUGCCCAUAUUUUCAGGACAUGCUGUUUUAUCAGUAUGAUUGAAUGUCGAUCCAUGAGCAUAACUGUUGGGAGACAGUUUAUGUAUUGCUAAGAGCAUUUUGUACAAAUAACUGUCUGUAACAGGUUAUGCUUAUGUAUUUACUUAUGCAUUCUUGAUUUUGUGACCAGCCUAAAUAUUCUGGGGAAGUAGGGUUUAGUAUUUAAUGAAUUAUGAUUCCAAUUGUGCCAUUACACUUUUCAGUGCAGCAUGGUAACUAACACUACGUUAGACUAACAUUAAGAAUCUGGAAAAAAAAAAUUUAAUGCUAGUGCUGGUCAUACUUUUGUUUAGUUUCUUGCUCAUUUUUGAACUAUACUAUUUGUUUAAAGCAUGCAUACAAACUUAUGUAUUGAAAUAUACUUUAAAAAAAAUCCAAGAUGCUUCCAAUUCCUUUACCUAGAGCACUCAUACACAAAUCUAUUAAAUUGUUGAGUCGCUCAGGUAUCCAUGUGAAACAAAACCCGGAUGGUCUUCUGUAUGUUGUAAUUUGUACCUAAGUUUUUUUAAUGAGUAAAUUUGCAUUUUCACUUUUUCCAUUCAUAAAUACAUAAGUGAACCAAAGGUAUUGUCCUUUCCUUCAUUGGUUUGCUUUUUUUUUUUUUUUUUUUUUUUACAAAUAAAAGUAUGGAUUUACUGUGGAAUAAUGCUUCUAUUUUCUCAGCACAUUCUCCAUGAACAAAAAAUUGGUAUAAGCCUUAUAUUAACUUGCCCUGACAUAGAAGAAAGUGAUUUAUUUUGAACUUUUAGAAUAUAAAUUCCUUUUCUAAAAUUUUCUUUCAAAGCUAAGAUGGGGAUUUAAAGAGAUCAAAUUAUUGUAAUUAAAAUUUAGACAAGCUUGUCUAUUUAUGGGGUCCAAUUUACUGCCAUAUUACCAUUCCAUGAAUUUUACGGUUGCCUUUUUCAAGUACUAUUGAUCAAGUGAUGAUUCAGUAUAAGAACAUUAGAGUACCAUUUACAAAUAGUUUUUGUAAAAGUGCAUGCUGUUGACUUGUACUGGUUCUAUUAAAUCCAUUAUCUGGCUGUGGCGAUCUAAAACAAGAUCAAGUAAGGAAGACAAUAGUUAUAUUGAUCAGUGAAAAUAGGGACCAUCCCCAAACUGGAAACUUCAUUUCUCAUUAUUAAAAGUGUCAUGUUCACUUUGUGUGUCUCCUCUUGACUUAAGGGCUUUGGUCAGAUCUUCCGAGGUGGCAACUUCUGUUCUUGUCUUGUCCAAAUCUAUAUUACUUAGAAUAUCUAAAGUAGAACACUCUAAUGUGGGUUUCUGUGUACUGAGGACUUGUUUGGAUUUCAAAGUAUAGUCAGUUGUAUCAGGUGUUGCAGGUUUUGGCACAGUGAAUGAAAAAGAUCAGUAUAAAACAUUUGUUUCUGAAAAUUAGAUGAAUACUUUUUAUUUCAUCCUAGGUCAAUGUGGAUUGCUUCAUUCCUUUGUUUAUUGUAAACAUGAUUUUCAGUAUCAUUAGUGUUCAAAUAACUUUCAUUUUGCUGUUAUCAAUUGGAAAGUUUUCUUAAUUUGUAUAUAACCUGUUGUCUAAAUUUUAUGUACAGUCUUUUAUAAUAAAUCAUUCUCCUCUAUACAAUUUUGGGUACUGUUAAAUAUAACCAAAAUUUAAGCUUGAA